AUGGGAGGUUUGAAGGCCGCUGCCGCGCUUCAAGUUGUCGCCAUCCUCAUUGCGAGUGAGGUGGGAGUGUUGCUGGCGCUAAGAGAACCUGACAUCAAAGGGACGACUGCUGGCGGCGGCAGCACUGACCCUACUGCCAUGGGAGAAAAUGCCGCUGCAGCCAGCAAUCUGAUUCGGCGUUAUGUGCGAAUGGGGACGGUGAUGCUCCUCGGCUCGCUCGCGCAACCUCGCUCCGUCCGUUUCGACUUUGAGCGCUGCGUGUUGGUGCCCAAAGCCGUACAUGUGCAUCAAGUCGCCAACGUGGACGGUGGAGGAGGCGCGGUGGACGCGCUGGAGGGGACGGUGAGCGGCGGCGCGGGCGGUGGCGGCGGCGGUGAGGUGGACGCGCUGGUGUGGUGGGACGUGUUUUUGGGUGACCCGUUUUUCGAUCGCACGGUGUGCGACGCGGUGCAGCUGUUCGCGUCGCCCGACUGCUCGGGUGCUGCAGUGGCAAAGUACCAAAACACGGUUUACCACACAAGGGACAUGAGUGCGUUCAUGAUGGGCGCAUCAGUGAAGUCCAUCCGCUGCGUUGUCGACGACAUCUGCAGCCGUGUCAAGUGCCCUCAACACUCCACCCUCCCCUCUCUCCUAGCUCUUUCUUGUGCCACUUCUGUGCUGAGAGCCCCUGCAGACACCAGCCAGCCCUGGAGAGAAGAGCCUCCGCAAAUGCCCUAG